GCAUGUCCUUAAAUGGCCACAAUACAGGACGUAACCCUUUGAUUUAGGCAUCGACAUAAUCUUUCGACUGGCGCCUCCCUCAGGACAAAUCUUAAUGUUUUACGCUUACACACUUUUAGUUGUCUGCAGUGUGAUGAAGAUGCCUGUCGUUUUAUCAAACAUUUCCGUCUCUAAUAAUCUUAUCAUUUAAUUACUGUGAAUUUCUGGGAUGCAGCUAAUGAUUAUUUUAGUUCUCUAUUUGUUUGCCAAUGGCUCCAAAUUUCUCAAAAAAUAGAUUCACAGUUGGUUCAAUAAAACACUAGAAAAGAGUGAAAAACGACCUUCACAGGUUCAGACAGACUUUUUUUAUCCAACAAACUGUAUAAAACCAUCAGAAUAUUUAAUGUAGUAAAAUGUGAGGGUGUGAAAAGCUGAAUCUACCAAACAUCAAAUAUUGACUCGGAUGAUUAUUGAAGUCUUAAUCAUUUCCUGUCAGUCAACUAAUUGAUUAAACAAGCAGACUUGAGCGGAGGUGAGUUCCCUCCUUUAAAUCCCUCUGUGAUGGGUUCAGGUUGUGGCAGUAAGAGGGGUCCUGUCCCGGUAGAUCCUCCUCCGAGGGAGUCCUAGGGAGCGGCCUGUGCUGAAGAUCCUGGUGGCAUCUUGUGUGGAUUUUGAUCCUUUUAUCUCCUCAGGCUGUCAGCUGCUUACAGCACAAGAGGAUUAGUUUCCUGCAGUAGGAUCAAAGCGGAGCCUCACAGUGUCUGUGGUCGUAGCAGAGAAUGGAGCGGUGUGGACGGGCGGAGGUGUUCAGGCUGCUGCUGCUGGUCUGCUGGCUGAUGGUCGGCCCGGUGCUGGCUCAGGUCCGCCACCCGCUGCCUGUGCUGUGGUUGAUGCCGAUGAGGGAGAACCUGACGGCCGGCGUUGGUCCGGCUGUCAGACUGGCUCUGCAGGACCUGAAGAAGCAGCCACCUCCACUGGGGAACUAUGAGCUCCAGCUCCAGCUGCUAGACUCUCAGUGUGAUCCUGCUAAAUCACUCAAAGCUCUGUUUGACGCCAUGUGGGCGGGGCCAAAAUACAUGCUAUUGCUCGGAGGGGUGUGUCCAUCUGUGACGGCGCUCAUCGCUCGCUCUCUGCCGGCUCUCAACCUGGUGCAGGUGUCUUUUGCAGCCACGUCGCCCAGCCUGUCCAACAGGAAGUGGUACGGGAAUCUGUUCAGCACCGUGCCAUCAGACCGAGCUCUGAACCAGGCCACGGUGAAACUGCUGCAGCGCCACAAGUGGACCAGAGUCGGCAUCAUCACACAGGAAACACCCAGACUGUCACAGAUGAGGAAGGAUCUGCUCAGACAGCUGCUGAAGGCUGAGGUUCAGGUGGUUUCCACAGAGAGUCUCUCUGACGACGUCUGCAGCAGCCUGAAGACGCUGAAGGAUCGUGACGUUCGGAUCAUCAUCGGACAGUUUGAGGAAGAUUCUGCCGCUGACGUUUUCUGCUGUGCGCACAGACUGAACGUGUUUGGAGCCGGGUACCAGUGGAUGGUUGUUGAUGGAGGAACAGCUGGGUGGAGGCUGGGGCGGCGGGUGUCCGGCUGCUCGGACAACAACCUCCAUCAGGCAGCAGACGGAUCCAUCCGGCUGCAGGUCAGACAGCUGAGGAACGCUAACACAGCGGGCGUCUCUGGACGGACUCCUCAGGACUACCGGGACUCCUACCUCAGACAGCUGAUCCAGGAGGGCUCCCACUUCAGCCCCCUCCACGCCUUCGCCUAUGACACCGUCUGGGUCGCCGCUAAGGCUCUGAGUCAGGUGACGGAGGCCGUGAAGCACAGAGAGAAAUACAGCGUCCGCAGGAACGUGACGGUCAGUGAGGAAGAGGUGCAGAAGAUGCUGCUGGAGGCCGUGAGGAGCACGCAGCUGGAAGGAGUCACGGGACCAGUUUUUUUUCGGAACGGAGAGAGAAUGACGGCGAUCGAGCUGAUCCAGUUUCAAGGCAGCAGUGGUGUGUUGGUGGGUGAGUUCAGUACGUCCACUCAGCAGCUCCGACUGCUGAACCACCUGCUGAAGUUCAAAGGUCCAGGACCAGCCAGAGACCGGACCCUGGUGCGUCUGCAGCGCCGCGGUGUGAACCUCCUCGUGUACAGCGCCGUUUCAUCAGCUGCAGCCGUGAUCAUCAUCAUCACUCUGAUCGUCCUCUGCUUCAUCGGCAUCCACCGCAAACACCGGCUGCUGAGAUCCAGUGCAGGACCCCAGGACCAGCUACUCCUGCUGGGCGUCCUGCUCUCCUCCUCCUGGGUGCUGGUCUCCGGUCUGGACGGGUCCUCGGUGUCCGACUGGACCUUUGAGACGCUCUGCUCCGUUCGUCUGUGGACUCUGUCAGUGGGACACACUGUGGGCUUCACUGUGCUGCUCACCAGAACAUGGAGGGUCUAUUCACUCUGCAGGAUCAAACAUCAGCAGCAGAGGCGUCGGCAGCGAGCGGGUCGUGUCGUGCUCUGUCUGCUCCUGCUGGAUGUGUUUGUUUUAACCACCUGGCAAAUCCUGGACCCCCUCAGACGGGUGGUGCUGCAGCAUCGCUCCGAGAGUGACUCUUCUGGUCUGGACGUGGUCGUCCGGCCGUACUCUGAGCUCUGCAGCUGCGCCAACAUGGAGCUGUGGCUCACUGCGGUCUACGGAUACAAAGGGCCCCUGCUGGGUCUUGGAUGUUUCCUGGCCUGGAGCAUCAGGUCUGUCCAGGUGGGUCGUCACCUGACUCUGAGUGUGUUCGCUGUGACGGUGUUCAGUGCGUCAGGAGUGACAGGAUCACUGCUGACAUCCCACAAUCCUCCUGUUCAGUUCUGCGUGAGCAGCGUCCUCAUCCUCUGCUGUAACAUCUUCGUCCUGAGCUUCCUGUUCGGACCGACGGUGUCGCACUUGUGGGUGAACGGCGGCGAGCUGCAGGGUGAUGCUGCAGAGGAGGAAGAUGAAGACCAACUGAGCAGGUUAAACCAGCAGCUGAGGAGGCGGACUGCACAGCUCGACGCAGAAAUAGAAACUGUCACCAUGCAACUUUCUGAGAUGUCCGAGUCCAAGAUGCUUCACAAGAGAACAAACAACGGUGAGGUCAGGCCUGUGAGCUGGACUCAUGAAGCUCAGGUCUGUGCUGACGACAGGAAACCAUCAAGACCAGAGGACGUCAACUCUCCUGAACUCGUGCGGCGCCGUUUCUCCGUGCAGCUGCCCAUCCUCCAUCAUUCCUACCUGCCGGUCGUCGGCGGCGUCAGUUCCAGCAGCUCCAGUCUGUUCGGCGGCCGCGAUGCCUUCGUUCACCAAGACGUGCUGAUGACCACCGUAACAUCCUGUCCCCCUGACGCCGCACGCCUGGAGUCACGUCACUGUUGA